AUGGCUGCUCGAGGAGGUCAGCCACGCGUGGCGACGAGGGUUGAUGGCGAUUUCCCCCGAAUCGUACUCCCCACCCAAACGAUCCCUUCCUACGAACAACACCUGAUCGGGCAAGACUCACUGGUCCCCGGAAUCGAGGAAUUCCGGGGAAUUCCGUAUGCUACAAUUCCCGCAAGAUGGCAACACGCGCUUCUUCGCGAGCGUUUGCCCGAAGACAUCUUCUAUGCAACUCAAAAUGGCUGUCGAUGCCCGCAGCCAAAAGAGCCCAACAAUAGCGAAUUCUAUCAGUCCCAUCUCGAGUUCCCUAGUGAUGUCACGGAAUCAGAGUUUGACUGUCUCAACCUGUUCAUUACAAGGCCAAGUGCAUCCACGCUCAUUGCCGCUGGAUUUGAUCCAGAAUCUGUGAAAAUACCGGUUUACGUAUAUAUCCAUGGUGGAGCUUAUAGCUUCGGUGCGGGGACCGAUCCCAUGUGGGAUCCUGCCCGCUUAGUAGGGCGAUCCGUUGGAUUGGGUACUCCAAUAAUUGUUGCAACCGUCAACUACCGGCUGAACAUGUUCGGCUUUGCGGCUUCAUCGGAGAUCAUCCAAGUCCAACCGGACGGCCAACUAAAGGGAUGUAACUUUGGCCUGGGAGAUCAGCGCACUGCUCUCUACUGGAUACAGAAAAAUAUUGGCGCGUUCGGUGGUGAUGCAACUCAAGUCACCGUCGGCGGCCAGUCUGCUGGAGGAAGCUCCUCACAUGCCCAUGUUUUGGAAGCCAUAUUGGGACAAGGUGAGCCCUUGGUCCAGCGCGGAAUUAUCCAGUCUGGUGCCGUUGGUGUACUUGGACCUAUCAGUAUGGAGGCUGCCGAUCAGCGAUGGGCUGUCUUUUGCGAAGAAAUCGGGGCUCCCAGUGGUGAUUAUGUCUCUCGGAUGGAAUUUAUGGCCACUGUCCCGAUAGAGAAAAUCCUCCGAACAAGCCAAGAAUUGGGCUGGCAGGUCUGUCCUCUCGUGGUAGACGAGCUUACCAUCUCACAGAGACCAAAUGGUCGUUGGAGCAUCCACUUAGCCGGCAAGAAAGAGCGAGUGAGAAGUGUGCGGGAUACUGCGAAUUCUGCAGUCAUUUCUGUGCUCAUUGGGGAUACGGAUCUUGAGGGGUCCAUCCACUUCUCUCAAGUAUCAAAAAUCGAAAGCUUUGAGCAACUCAAUGGACGGCUCGCGAUCAAAGUCAAGUCCCCUGAAUUUUUGGAUAGAUUCUAUCGGGCUUAUGCCUUAGAACCAGAUAUGUCCGUGGCCCAGCUCCAGGAAGGAAUUCUUCACUUUUUAUCAGAUAUGCAGUUCGGCAAGCCCGUACAACUAGCCCGGGAAGAAUUGAUGGGCUGGGAUCUGUCAAAGAUAAAUGUUACAACGGACGAUACAAAUGCUCGUCCAACAGCUGUGCAAUCAUACCGUGUAAAGUUUGGAAACCCGUUCCCGGGUAUCAAUUACGCAAAGGCUCACCACUGUGUCGAUCUGAUAUACAUAUAUGACUGCUUCGAGGAAGCAUUGCGUGAUGUCGAUGAGGCCUUGCCGGCACAAGCUGUCACACAUGCUUCCCUGGUGGAGCGCAUUCAAGCUGACUGGAUACAAUUCAUCACGGCCCCAUCAGACGGGGACCAGUGUGGUCUUGCCACUGUCUAUGAUGUCGACAGAACUGCUGUGUCUGUUUCUAUGGCAAUGGAUCGAGACUUUAUGGCGAGGAAGGCUAGACUCGAUCUGUUGAGCAGCGAUGGCCUUGCUGCACAGCAGACUAUCAAAGAGCUGAUAGGUAGUGGGCAUGUCCUCUAG